ACAAGCCCAUUUUGAGAGCACAAAGGAAUCAAACAUAUAAAUCCCAAGUCUUGGUUUUUUUUUUUUUUUUUUAUCGGAGUAAAAUUGUCGCACAUCAAUGGCCGCCGAUUCUUCCUACGAAAAAUACGAAAUCAGGAAGAGAAACCCAGACCCCAAAACCUCCGCCUUACUGGUCGUCGACAUGCAAAACUACUUCGCUUCGAUGGCGAAGCCAAUUCUCAACAGCGUUCUCACCACCGUCGACCUCUGCCGGCGCGCCUCCAUCCCCGUUUUCUUCACCCGCCACCGCCAUCGGUCCCCGACAGAUUACGGCAUGCUGGGCGAGUGGUGGAACAACCAUCUCAUCCUCGACGGCACCCCCGAAGCCGAGCUCUUGCCAGAAAUCGCAAGGCUUGCCAGCGCCGAGCAGGUGGUGGAGAAGACCACUUACAGCGCGUUUCGGAAGACGGGCCUGCAGGGGCGGUUGGCGGAGAUGGGGGUCGAAGAGGUCAUCGUGACGGGCGUGAUGACGAAUCUGUGCUGCGAAACGACGUCGCGCGAUGCUUUCGUGAGAGGGUUUAGGGUGUUCUUCUCGACAGAUGCGACUGCAACUUCGGAUCCGGAAUUGCACGAAUCGACCUUGAAGAAUUUGGCCUAUGGGUUUGCUUAUCUGGUUGACUGCAACAGGCUUCGACGGGGACUUUUUGGGAAUUAAGUUUUAUUUUGGGUGGGUUUUAAAUAAAUAAAUUUUGUGGACAUUAUACGUAAAUAGUUCGAGAAUUAUUACAUAUUGUUUUAAUUAAUUAAUUUUGUACGCUUAAAUAUUAUAUACCCAGAGUGAGUAUGUAUGUAUAUAUAUAGCUAUUUGAAUGAUUCAAACAAAAUAUAGAUUGACUCUGCCCUGCA